AUGUCGUCGCCAACAGUCCAACUCGCCUUCACCCUCCGCACCUCACCCAAUGUCCGCACUGUGCACUUGCUCGGCUCAUGGGACAACUACAAAAACCAGCUGCCCCUGUCGCUGGUCAAGGACCCUGCCGCCAAACCAGGUUCCUGGAAAGGCUCGUUCCGUUUCCAAGGCUCGAAUGCACUCAAGUUGGGCUCUCGCUACUGGUACUACUACAUCGUCGAUGGAUACCACGUCUCCCACGACCCGGCCAAGGAAUUCGUGACGGAGAAGACCACGGGUCGCAAGCUCAACAUCAUCGACGUGCCGGGAGGAGACAAGGCCAGCGCCAAACCAGCAAGACCUAGUGUCAACACCGAGGUGUCGACAUCGCGCCACAGCAGGGAGAUCCCCCACGGCCGUGCCCUGAGCCCGGGGAAGAUCCAGCAUCCCAAGCCCAGCAAGCCGUACGCGUCCCGCCAGCUGCGUGAGGCCGACUAUGAGGUGUCACCCGUGGACGAUCUCGAGGAGCGCUUCGCUGGCUACCACAUUGCCGAUUCGUCAGCAUCGCCGUCCGAGUUGUCAGACUCCAGCUCCUCGUCCGGUACUGCCUUCUCGCGCUCGUCCCCCUCCAGCAUGUCAAGUGUCAGCGACCACAGCUGCCGCUGUGAGCGCUAUGGAGUGACACGCUCCGGCCAACGGGUCAAAAUCGACUGCGGCGGUAAGCGCUGUGGUGCAUGGAGCUCCAGUUCCUCGGAGUGCGACUCGAAUGACAGUUCGGAAGAGUCCAGCGAGGAUGAGCGGGAGCGUCGAGCGAGGAUGCGCAAGGAGGCGGAGAAGAGGGCUGCCACGGCGGCACCGACAACGAAGGGGAAGACCAGUGGUGGUGGAGACGACCGGAGGAGGACUGUUGUUGUGGAGAAGAGACGCAGGUAG